AUGGCACACUGUAUGAGAGUUUUGCAUGGCCAGGGAAGCAGGACGAGAGCUGUCCUCUUGGAAAUUCAGCAGCGAUGCUUCAGCGUGUCCCCAUUGACGGCUGCGGCAGCCCAGGUUGCUAUGUCCCGAUUCGACAAGGCCCCAUUACCUUACGAAAAAUUAACGAAAAAUUUGGAGGUGGUUAAGAAGAGGUUAGGUCGUGACUUGACCCUGUCGGAAAAAGUUUUGUACUCACAUCUUGAUGACCCAAAAGGACAGGAUAUCGAAAGAGGUACCAGCUACCUCCGAUUACGCCCUGACCGUGUGGCUAUGCAAGAUGCCACAGCCCAGAUGGCUAUGCUGCAAUUUAUCUCAUCUGGUCUGCCAACAGUGGCUGUGCCUUCUACUAUUCACUGUGAUCACUUGAUUGAGGCCCAGACUGGUGGUACCGAAGAUUUGGCUAGGGCAAAGGACAUCAACAAGGAAGUUUACAAAUUUUUAGAAACCGCUGGAGCAAAAUAUGGAGUAGGAUUCUGGAAGCCAGGCUCUGGUAUUAUCCAUCAAAUUAUUCUGGAGAACUACGCUUUCCCUGGUCUUCUCAUGAUUGGUACCGACUCACACACACCAAAUGGAGGUGGAUUAGGAGGACUGUGCAUUGGUGUUGGUGGUGCUGACGCGGUAGAUGUUAUGGCUGACAUUCCUUGGGAGCUCAAGUGCCCUAAAGUUAUUGGAGUCAAGCUUACUGGUAAGCUGUCAGGCUGGACAUCCCCCAAAGAUGUGAUUCUGAAGGUCGCCGGCAUCCUCACAGUAAAGGGAGGCACUGGAGCCAUCGUGGAGUACCAUGGACCUGGCGUUGACUCCAUCUCUUGUACGGGAAUGGCCACAAUUUGUAACAUGGGUGCUGAGAUCGGAGCUACUACUAGUGUAUUCCCAUACAACUCUCGUAUGGAGGCGUAUCUUAAGUCGACAGGACGCGAAGGCGUGGCAAGCGCCGCUAACUCCUUCAAACAUCUCCUCACACCUGACCCCAAGGCACCAUACGAUGAGCUGAUCGAAAUUAACCUGUCCACUCUGGAGCCACACGUGAAUGGACCGUUCACACCUGACCUCGCAAAUCCAAUCUCGAAGUUAGGAGAAGCAGCUAAGAAGAACGACUGGCCAGUAGACAUCCGUGUUGGUCUUAUUGGGUCAUGCACCAACUCUUCUUAUGAGGAUAUGGGGCGUUGUGCCAGUAUUGUUAAGGAGGCGAUAGGUCACGGUCUCAAAUCUAAAAUUCCGUUCAACGUGACUCCUGGAUCAGAACAAGUCCGCGCUACAAUUGAACGAGAUGGCAUUGCGCAGACGCUCAGAGACUUCGGAGGCACUGUGUUGGCCAACGCGUGUGGGCCCUGCAUCGGUCAAUGGGACCGUAAAGACGUGAAGAAGGGCGAAAAGAACACAAUAGUGACGUCAUACAACCGUAACUUCACCGGACGUAAUGACGCCAAUCCCGCCACGCAUUGCUUCGUCACCAGCCCCGAACUGGUCACAGCACUGUCCAUUGCAGGUCGUCUCGAUUUCAACCCAGUAACGGAUGAGCUAACAGGAAAAGAUGGCAAAAAAUUCCGUCUGUCUGACCCCUACGGUGAUGAAUUGCCCGCAAGGGGCUUCGACCCUGGCCAGGACACGUACGAGCACCCACCUGCUGAUGGCUCCAAGGUGAAAGUGGACGUACUACCAACAUCCGACCGUCUCCAACUCCUGGAGCCGUUCGACAAGUGGAGUGGCAAGGACCUCACUGACCUCACCAUCCUCAUCAAGGUGAAGGGCAAAUGCACGACUGACCACAUCUCGGCGGCUGGACCAUGGCUCAAGUACCGUGGACAUCUUGACAAUAUCUCCAACAAUAUGUUUAUCACAGCAACGAACGCCGAAAACGGUGAAUUGAACAAGGUCCGCAACCAAGUGACCGGCGAAUGGGGACCAGUUCCCGGAACAGCUCGCGCCUACAAGGCUGCCUCCGUACCCUGGUGCGUUAUUGGAGACGAGAACUACGGAGAGGGCUCGAGUCGAGAGCACGCUGCAUUGGAACCCCGUCACCUUGGAGGCCGCGCCAUCAUUGUCAAAUCUUUUGCCAGAAUCCACGAGACCAACCUGAAGAAACAAGGUCUAUUGCCACUUACUUUCGCAAACGCCAGUGACUAUGACAAAAUCCAACCUACAGACAAGAUUUCCCUUCUCGGACUUAAGGACCUCGCACCUGGCAAGCAAGUGGAAUGUGAAAUCAAGCACAAGGAUGGUAAGACGGAACGCAUUAAGUUGAAUCACUCAUUGAACGAGCAACAAAUCUCCUGGUUCAAAGCCGGUUCAGCUCUCAACCGUAUGAAGGAAAUUGCUGCUCGCAAGUAA